AUGAGCUCUACGGUUGAUUGGUCUCAGCGUCCCACUUACUCCCCGGAGAAGUUAGACAAAUACUUUGACCGAAUAGGACUUCCUGCAAAGUAUCGGCAAUCGUCAGUCAUCCAGACCGGUGUAGGUAGUGACAAUGAGGCCGCUCUAUCCUUCUUGAAGGUACUGGAACGGUAUCAGCUGGCAGGAGUGCCAUUUGAAAAUCUCAACUUGCAUUACUCGGUUCAGCGCCAUAUUUCCAUAGAUCCAGAAAAGCUUUUUGAAAAGAUUGUGAACAAUGAGUCCGCGCGGGGAGGGUACUGUGUCGAGAACAGUACGCUCUUUGGGACUGUCUUGCGAAGCCUGGGCUACCAGGUUACUUCAGUCGGAGCUAGGGUUAAUGAAGCUGCGCAGCCAAUGUCUGCGUCGAAGAACUGGAGAGGCCCGAAAUACGAUGGAUGGAACCACAUGGUCAAUCUCGUCACUAUCGGAGAUCAAAAGUACCUGGUAGACGUGGGCUUUGGAUCAAAUGGACCCCACCAGCCUGUACCAUUGACCAGGGGCUUCGAGUUCCACAAUGUUGGUACCCAGUCUGGACGCCUAUGCUAUGGACCAAUCCCCCAGUAUACCAACAAGACCGAACAGCUCUGGCAAUACGAGAUUCGAAAUGGAGACGCAGACUGGAUUUCUGCGUACUGCUUUACUGAGGCCGAGUUUACCCCUGACGAUUUCACCAUAAUUAAUUACUAUAUGAGCACCAGCCGAGAUAGCUGGUUUACCUUUUAUGUGGUGUGUGUCCGCAUGCUUCUGGAUGAGGCGGAUGAGAGUAUUGUCGGUGAUCUAACGAUGUUUGGUACUUCGUUGAAACGACGGAUAGGUGCUACAUCGGAGGCGAUACAGACAUUCACAUCUGAUGAGGAGCGUGUGGCUGCAUUGGAUAAAUUCUUCAAUAUCCGCAUUGGUACAGCAGAUAGGGAUAGUAUCCGCAACACAAUUGCAGAGAUUCUCUAG